AUGGCGAUGGCAGAAAACCAAAUCAGGGUUUUCAAAUCCUUAAAGGAAACCAGAAAGCCAGAAGUUGCAAAAAUUAUUGGAGAAAUUCCAGAAUGGGCAGCUGGCCAGGUUUCCCGAAGUUGUCCGGCCAAGUGGGACUAUCCGAAAUUCAGACUGAACCACACUUUCGACGGCUAUCAAAUGAUAACCAAAUUUGAUAUUAAAGGAGGCAAAUCUGGCAGCGUUUCUUUCACUUCAAAAUUUGUGUCGUCGGAAGCCUUCAAAAGGGCAGAAGCAUCACAGAAACCAAUAAUUAGCGAAUUCUCCACCAGAACAGCAGGUUCAGAUGCGAAAUCUGCACUUGGAAAAAUUGUAGCUAUGAUACUUCAAGCUACCGAUAAUUGCCAAUACAUCUGCACAUCGGAGAUUUGUCGAAAUCCAAUCGUUAUUGGACACGCCGGCUUCAUGUACGAGCUUGACCCGAAAUCUUUGCACUGUAUAUCGAAAUACGAUUCCGCGAAUGACUUCAGCCUGCACGCCAUAUCAGCACAUCCCCUAACCGACCCGGCGACCGGCGAGACGUACAAUGUUGGCAUCAGCAUAGUUCCCGCUGUCAAGUGGAAGGUCGUAAAGUAUCCGCAGGGAUGCAAGUCAAGUCCGCUCAAGGAAACUUUGAAGAAAGGGAAGAUUAUUGGGUCGCAUUCAUGUCGAACGAAAUCAGGUGUCCCGCUGCUCCACUCGUUCGGAAUGUCCAACAAUUACCUCGUCUGGAUUGAUCAACCGUGCCACUUCAAUUUAGCCAAAGCAAUUAAGUUAAUGUUUAAAGGUUUCUGUCAGAGGGAGGUGAUGGACUGGUUUCCAGAGAAGAAGAACCAAUUUUAUAUCUUUAACAAGAAAACACUGAAAGUGAUGAAGACUGAAAUUCUAUCAAAGGAUGCCUUUGUGUUCCUCCACAUUCUCAAUUGUUACGAAGAAAAUGACCAUCUAAUCGUGGAUCUCUUUGGAAUGCCGAAUAUUCAAUUUGUCGAUGCUCAAGUACUUGCUAAACUUCGAGCUUGGCAUGUUCUAAGAGAUGCAGAGUGUCCACGCCUUCUUCGCUUUGUGAUCCCGUUAGGUGUCGCGACAAUAGGAAUAUGUCCAGAAAACAAGAAUUUGGUCAGUGUUAAUUCUACCGCAACGGCGUUAAAAAUCGACGACAAAAUUUUUCUUCAACCUGAACUAGUGUCUGAUGUCAAGAUGGAUUUUCCGACUUGGAACAAGAAAUUUUCUGGCAAAGAUCUCCGAUUCGUUUGGACAACGGGUGCAUUAUGUCCUUCCGUGCACCAUCAUAAGGUUAUAAAACUUAAAACUAUUUGGUUUGGUAAACUAUUUGGCAAUGAAGGAGAAAUGGCAGGAUUUUAUGGUAUGGCUGGAUGGGAGGGAUUUGAGAGAGGUCGGAAGGGCUUAUUUUGA